AUGGCCAACACGCUUUAUCUGGCUGGUAAGAGCACGAUGGGACUAGAUACCUCUUAUUCCAAAGAAGAGCUUUCCAGCCCCGACAAAGUCACUAUUCUCCUUUCGCCAACCCUUGAGAGGCUUGCAGCAUCCCUUGACAUAAUCAAACAAAGGAUGGACACACCUGAUAACUUCUAUUAUCAAUAUCCUAACGUUCCAGGAAUUGAUCGGAACAUAUUCUAG